AGCUUACUUCACACUUUCACCAGUCAUAAAUAUUUUGUGUUUUUUGGUGCUGAAAAAUAAAUUUUUUGGGGCGCUUUUGCUUCCAAUUUGCAUUCCAAUUUAUCUCAAAACAUCUUAUAGGACAUCUAAGGCUCUGCUUCAUAUCAUGGAUGACUCGCGAGAUGAGAAUCAAUUUGUCGUGGAUGAUGUGAGCAAGAUCAUCAAGGAAGCAAUCGAGAGUACCAUAGGAGGCAAUGCAUACCAGCACGACAAGGUCAACAACUGGACGGGAUCUGUCGUGGAGACAUGUCUGGGAGUCUUGACCAAAUUGCAGAAACCCUACAAGUACAUUGUAACGUGCAUGAUUAUGCAAAAGAAUGGCGCUGGACUUCACACGGCAAGUUCGUGCUUCUGGAAUAAUGAGACUGACGGAUCCUGCACUGUGCGCUGGGAAAAUAAGACCAUGUACUGCAUUGUCUCCGUCUUUGGACUAGCUAUUUAGAUCGUACAUCGCUCCCUCGGCAGGAGCCGGCAGGAUCAUCUCAAUUACAGGAUGAAAAAUCUAACGCAGAGAGCUUCAAUUCAAAGGAUUGCUGAGAGCGCAAAGAGUCAUAUAGGAACAUUUUUUUCUCCCAAAAAAAAUGCAACUAAACUAAUUAUCUUACUUAAUAAUAGCAAUUACUCAGUAAAUCAAUUUUAACUUAUUUCUCAUUUUUUUAUUAUUAAAAUAAGUUUGAGAUUCAUUCAGUAAAUUCUUUUGUUGUAACUAAAAUAUAUGAAUCAUUUUGAAAUUUUCUCUUCAUUUUGGCGCGAGAUUAUUGUAGGAAAAAUUCCAAAAAAAAUGUGUUGAAAAUUGUAAGAUGAAGAAAUAUACAUUAAACAUGUGAUAAAUGAAAGAGA